GAAAGCAGAUUGAGUCAGUUGAGUAUUCACUUUGCCAGCGAGAAGAUGUCGUCGUUACCUACGAUCAUUGGAUUGUAUAUUUUCUUCUUUAUCACAUUUAGCAAUGUGCAUGCAUAUAGCACAAAAUGUAGUCCCAUGCUCGGAGUUUGUAACAUGCACACGGAUUGCUGCAGCGGAAGAUGCUUAACCUACGGCUCAUAUUGCGGCUAUCCGGCGCAGCGUCUUACAAAAACCUAUUUGCGCCCAAACGAAUUCACCAGUAUCAAGAAAGAACAAUCAAAAUCAAUCAAUGAUGAGGUGAAAGUUAUCGGUCUACCUAAUGAGUCAGAACCAUCGAAUGAUGUUUUUAGUGUUGAUUCAACACUAAUUCAACCUUAUUCUGCCGCAAAAUGCCACAAUGUUGGUGAACCCUGUUCCCGGGCUGAAGAAUGCUGUAAUUUACGAUGUCACACUUAUAUGCACAGAUGUGUCACCUGAAGUAAUUCGUAGCAUUGGG